GAUCAAGAUCAAGAGGAUCAAGAUACAGUUAUUAAGUGAUAGUCAAGUCUAGUUUGUUUUUAAUUCUGUUAUUUUGUUUUCUGUUUCAACAGAAUUCUAUAAUAGCUUGCUAUAUAUAGCAGAGUUGCCUCAUCUAUUAUUGUAACACAUCCAAUUACUUAAUGAUAAAUCAACAAUUCAUUUUAGCUCUUUGUUUCAUUGAAAACUCUUUCAUGGUAUCAAGAGCAUAGGUGAUAGAUCCAUGGCCUCAAUCAUCCCUCAUCAGAAUCCACCCACUUCUUCUUUUUCCCCUUUUCCUCAACUCUUUACUGCACCUGCUCUUGACAAAUUUACUGAAAACACAUUUCGAACCUGGCAGAAGCUUGCCUUUUACGUUAUAAAUGCUAAUGGCCUUGCUGAUCAUCUUUCUGCUGACAAGGUUCCAUCACAAUUUGAAUCCGAUUCUGCAAAAGAAGCUGGUACAGAAUCAAAAGCUUACAAGGAUUGGAAGCAAAAAGAUGAUUACCUUAUGACAUGGCUCCUUUCUUCUCUGGAUCUCACAUUCAAAAAUCGAAUGUUGGAUUGCAAGUAUGCGCAUCAAGCUUGGACAACUAUAACUGAAUAUUUGCAAAGACCUCCAAGAUCAAGAUUCAGCAAUUGAAGAAUGAAUUGAAGUCUGUAAAGUAACAAGGUAUGACAGCAAAUGAGUAUCUCAAGAAGAUUCGAGAUAUUGUUGAUUCCAUGGCAUCAAUAGGCUACACUCUUUUCCUAGAAGAUCAUAUAUCAGCCAUUACAGAUGGUCUUAAUGAAGAUUAUGCUUUAUAUCUCUCAAUAGUAAUGGAAAAAUCAGAAUCCAUUACUCUUAUUGAAGCCGAAGCACUUCUUCUUGGACAUGAAAAAAUGAUUGAAAGGUUUGAAAAGAUUGCUUUAGGAACGAUACAAGAACACUAUACUCAAUCAUCAUCUUCCCUUCCUAGACCACCAAAUACCACAAAUUAUGUUCCAAGAAGAGGUCGAGAAGGAAAAAGUUCUAACAGAGUCAGGUUUACAAAUUCUGAUUCUAGACCAAUUUGUCAAGUCUGUGGAAGGACAGGUCAUACUGCACUGUUAUGUUUUCAUCGCUUUAAUCAACAAUAUCAAGCUUCAUCUUCUAAUGCAAAAAUUCCAACCCAAUCUAAACUGUUACCACCUCCUACUACCUAUCACAAUCCAAGGGCUUAUAUGGCUGCUCCAUCUACUUUUUCAGAUGCAAGCUGGCUUCCUGACACGGGGACAAGCAAUCAUGUCACAAAUGAUGCACAAUCUAUCUUGGCGCCCUCUGAAUUUCUUGGUAAAGACCAACUCCUUCUAGGUAAUGGAUCAGGACACCCAGGAGAUUCUUCUACAAGGAGCUCCAUAUAAUGGAGUGUAAAAGUUUGAUAACAUUGCUGUCACAAAAUCUGCACCUAAGAAAAGACAUAUAUCUCCAUCGAAUUCUAUCUCUUGUACUUCUGUACCUGCUGCUUAUGCUUCUCAAUUAGACACUUACAAUUUAUGGCACAAACGUUUAGGUCAUUGUGCAUCCAAAUUGUUGUUUCUGUCAUGAACAAGUGUAAUCUACCUAUUUUCUCUAC